UCAACUCACUACCUGUUUCGAUACGUAAAUGAGAGUGAAUACAGCCGGCCUGGUUUGGAGAAAUGAGUAGGACAACUUUUUAAAAUGAAUCUUGUCAAAAGUCUUUGAUUGCGAGCAGACGUUACGGAAAAGUAGCAGCCACUCACUUUCUACUAUUUUGAGGAGUUUAGCCUCCCCAGGGGUAUACGUGUUUUUGUAUUCCAGUGCAACGAGAUGAGAUGAGGGUCUGGCAUGGCAAACUUGUAUUCGUCUUGGGGUUUUUUGGUUGCGCGUUGAUGUUAACAUCCUGGCGCGCGCCACAACCAGGGUUCUAUGUUCCAGUUAACUUGCCAUUGCAGCUCAAUUUAGUCUAUAGCAGGUUAAUACGAGCAGAGCAACAAGGGGAAGCCUUAUCACAAGAACUGCUUAAAGUGCUAGGUCAACUUCAAAACCGCAGAAACGCUUUAUUUAAUCUCACAUCCAGCAACUCCUCAGCUCUAUGGCAAGAGAGAACACUUCGGCGCUUUUUGUCCACACAGCCAAAUGUCCUCCUUUAUCUGCCCCACCUGAAAGAGCACAAGGACAGUCUGAAUCCCAUCGUUCACCUGGGACAGGGACGCACUGGAGUGUCCCUGGUGUUAGGAGUUCCCACUGUACAGCGGCAGAAACAGAGUUAUCUUGUGAACACACUCCAAUCUCUACUGUAUGACCUUUCAACUGCAGAGAGGAAGGACAUUGUCAUUAUAGUCUUUGUUGCUGAGACAAAUGCAACAUUUGUCAAUGCUGUUGCACAGAGUAUACAGGACAAUCUCCCAGAUGCUGUGAGUUCUGGAUUGAUAGAGGUGAUCUCCCCUUCACCUUACUUCUACCCAGACUUCAGUGCCCUGAGGGAAACCUUUGGAGACUCCAAAGAGCGAGUCAGGUGGAGGACCAAGCAGAACCUGGACUAUAGCUUCCUCAUGCUGUAUGCCCAGAAUAAGGGAACAUAUUAUGUUCAGCUUGAGGAUGAUAUUGUCGCUAAGCAAGGAUAUUCUGAGUCCAUUAAAACAUAUACUGGAAAUGUGGUUGCCGAGGAGUGGCUUUACCUAGAGUUCUCCCAGCUGGGAUUCAUUGGCAAGCUUUUCCGGACAUCGGAUCUGCCAAUGAUUUUGGAGUUCAUUCUGAUGUUCCACAAAGACAAGCCUAUUGAUUGGCUGCUUGAUCACAUCCUGUGGGUGAAAGCAUGUAACCCAGAGAAAGAUUUAAAACACUGCAAUAAUGAGAAGGCCAGACUGAAGAGAACUCACAAACCCUCCCUGUUUCAGCAUGUCGGUUUACAUUCCUCUCUACCUGGAAAAAUUCAAAACCUUAAAGAUAAAGAAUUCGGGAAACAGGUGCUGUUCAAAGGCCACCCUAACCCGUCUGCAACACUCAGCAGCAGUCUGAAACACUAUCAGGUUUACACUUUGGAGAGGGCUUAUAGUGGGGAGGACUUCUUCUGGGGCCUCACACCUAAAAAAGGAGACUACAUCCUCAUCACCUUUACCAAACCUGAAGCUGUCAAAGGGUACCUUUUUCGGAGUGGUAGUAUUGAAACAAAUGGUGACAAGUUUUACAACACAACAGUGGAGGGGCUUCCUUCUGAUAGCUCUGUGAUAGAGAGUGUGGAGAGAGGAGAAUUGCCCUGCUGUAAACCCUCAACCGAUGGCUUUGUCGUGAUAGGUUCUUUCAAGAAUGGAAUAGCUGAAGGAGAUGUGGAUGGGGCACUGCAAAAAUUAUCGGCCAUACGACUCAUGGUUUACUCCGAUUCUGAUGUCUGGGUUCUUCUCAGUGAGAUCUUUAUUAAAGUUUGAUGAGCAGAGUGGAGAAAUUUGAGCAGCAUUGUGACCGGGACAUUCAAUACCUCGUGCGAUGGACAACAGCGCACCCUGUUGUUCUGGACAGGAAUCUAAUUUCUGUGUGCCAUUCAUCUUGCUAUGUGAAUAAUACUGAAUACCAGGAUGUUUCUCUCAUAGAAUUGGGUGGAAAAAAGUGUUUACAUUGUCAUUUUAUUAAUGUGGUCCAUUAGGAGUCUUCGAUUGUCUGUUUAUUCAUAUUGUUUCCUAAAUUAUUUUUGUGAACUACAGUAAAAUGCUCAGAGGGACCAUGCACAAUAGAGACCAUGUUGUUAUGGUAUUGAACAGAACAUUUGACUGAAAUUUACAUUUUUAAACCAAUGUCACUGCACAGGUAAUUCCAAAUAAACGGCAAAAACAUCUACUGUUUACAAACCAAACUUGUCAUGGUAUCAUUAUGUGUCCAUUCCUGGUGAUUGCAUUUUUUUGUUUCAUUCUAUAUAUAUAUAUAUAUAUAUGAUUAUGGGCGGCAUAUUAAGGGAGGGUUUUAGGGCAGUGCUGCGGUGCUUUUGGCCUGAUGGUGGGAAUGCGGAUCUAUUUCGAUCUCGCUGCUCGAGGUCUGAGGCUAUUGGCCCAGGAUGACUAGUUGAAAGCCCCAGUCACACUGGCCCAAUAGUGGAAAAGUGGCUUUUGAUUAAACCGCUGGAGUUACGGAUGGAUUACUUUUAUGCUGCCUUUAUUUGAUAUUUGGACCUUCAGAAUUCUGGCCACUAUUUUCUUGCAUUGUAUGGACCUACAGAGCUGAGAUAUUCUUCUAAAAAUCUUUGUGUUCAGCAGAAGAAAGUCAUACACAUCUGGGAUGGCAUGAGGGUGAGUAAAUGAUAAGAGAAUUUUCAUUUUUGGGUGAACUAUCCCUUUAAAGGGGUCAUGACAUGAGGAAUCAAAUUUGCUUGAUCUUUUGACAUAUAAGAGCUCAUUGUACUAUCAAAAGUCACUAAGUUUCAGAACUUAAAACUUCCUCUUCACUGCAAAAAGAGCAUUUGUUGAAAUCAAGCUGCCAAAACGACAAAUUCUCUACUUCCUCCACAUUGUGAUGUCACACUGUGGAAGACAUUAACGCCUACUUUAUCUUAUUACUUCCGUAGCCCCGCCCAGUAGCGGUGAGCAGUGAGAUGACUUUGAGAGAGCAGGUCAGUCAAGAGCAGAGAGCCAAUCAGAACAGUGGGAGUUUACUGUCAAGUCUUAAAGGAGAAGCAGCACCAAAACCGAGCGUUUCUGGUAGAGGUUCAGAAUGAAGGUGGAAAAUGAUCAUGUUUUACAAAUAUACAACAGUUUUUUUGUGCAAAAAAAAAAAAAUAAAGAAACUUACC